CCAGCCUGGGUGUGGAUCCCCAGCUUUAUUUGAGCCUCACCACGGGCAUCAAUCAGUGAAGUUCAUCAGCGAGCUUUUAAUCGGAAUCCGUCAUCUGCCGACUGCCAUCAAGUUCUGUCAUUGAAACACAAUCUUGAAAGCUUUUCAUCUAAUCCAUUUGUUGCUCCAUCAUAUCAAUCGACAAAGACCGCUCAUAAUCUCGCGGUCUGACGACGCGCCACGCUUUUCGCAUUGAGGCGCGCCUGAGCGCGACCUUCACCGUCGAUGCAUGCAUGAGGGAAAGGCUCAGCCGCUGCAGAUAUCUAGAUCUUCGUGAGGUCUAGAUCCGCAAUGUCGGGAGCCCCUCCUCCCCCUACUCCCACCGCCGGCGGUCCGCCUCCCGCGCAGUAUGCAGGCCAACAGCCUCAGCAUCCUCCUGCCGCUGCCGGGCAGUCGACCGCGCCCUCUGGCGGUGGCGGUGGCACGACUGCCACUUCGCAGUCGGAUCUGAACAAGAUUGUUACUGAUUACCUGCUCAAAAAAGGCUACACACAAACAGAGGCAACUUUUCGUAGAGAAUCAGCUCAUGUCAGUGCCGAUGGGAGGCCGAUUCAUACGCGGGCUGAGGACGCCGGCCCAAAGAGAUUCAUACGGGCCUUCAACCUAGUAAGAGACUGGGUAGAGAAUAAUCUCGAUGUUUACAAGUUUGAAUUGAGGAAAAUUCUUUGGCCUCUGUUCGUCUACUCAUAUCUGGAUUUAGUCGAGAGCGGCUAUGCGGACGAUUCAAAGCAACUAUUGCAGACUCUACGUCCGCAAUUCCAGAGCGUUCACUCAGAUGCUCUCAAAACACUUGCAAUGGUCACCUUGCCGGUGCACGUCAAAGAAAAUGACAUGACAAGAAAGUACCGAGAGAAUAAAUAUCGUAUUCCGCUGAACCAGUUCGUCACUGGAAACCUUUUCAGCUUUCUCGAGCGCGAGUCCGACAGUGGCGGCUCUGUUGCCACUUACAUCCUCCAAACUCACUGCCUGCUUGAGUCAACAGCGCGUGGCCCAAUCGAGCCGUAUAGCUUCGAGGCUAUAUACCGCAAAACACAGAACUUGGAUCUGGAUGAGGCCGAUGCAUCAGAGGGAAUUCCCGGUGUCUUCACAGGAAGCAACAACAAGGAUGCUUUGGACGCAACCGCACCUCUGAAGUUAGGGCCUCUUCCCAUGGAACCCGAGCUUCGAGAUGAUGUACGUGCCGAGCUUGAAGAUGAAGAUCAGCGACAGCCACCAGCACCUGGGAGAUCGUCACUCGUCGAAGAGUUUGAGGCCAAGAUCAAGAGAGAAGACAGUGCCGACGGACCACUAAGAAGUGAAUUACCACUCCCUCCAUCCCGAGCACGUGAUGUUGUCAUGGAAAUUCAGAGGGUACGGGAGAACCGAGACCGCUUCAAGAUCGAGGGUCGGACAGGUGGUGUAGGAGUACCAGUCUCGAUUUGCAUGUUCACGUUCCACAAUACACUUGGAAGCGUUACUUGCAUGGAUUUCUCCAAGGACAACCAGUUUGUAGCAGUUGGGACAAUGGAUUCGUAUAUCCGCGUUUGGAGCCUGGACGGCAAGCCACUUAAGUCCAAGGUCCCUCAGGAGCAAGACAUACAUGUGAACAACCGCAAGCUAGUCGGCCACUCGGGUCCAGUCUACGGUGUUUCGUUUUCAGACUCGAUCGCCAACACCGACCAUAACCUUUUUGGCGACGAAAGUAACAGCAACAAUAUCGACACGGACCCCAAGCUGUUGUUGUCGUGCUCUGCCGAUGGCCAGGUUCGGCUGUGGUCAUUGGACGUGUGGAGUUGCCUUGCCGUAUACAAAGCUCACCACGGACCAGUUCUCCGGGUGUUAUGGGGGCCACAUGGUCACUACUUUGCAACAGCAGGGUGGGACAAGACGGUCCGAGUGUUUAUGCAGGAUCAUGCGUCGGCGCAAAGAAUUAUGGUUGGCCACGACACGAGCAUAUCGGCACUGGCAUGGCACCCUAACGGAACAUAUGUCUUCUCGGCAUCAGACGAACAGGAUAAAUCAAUCAGGAUGUGGUCCGUUCAAACAGGUAAUUGUGUCCGUGUCUUUACUGGUCACACCGAGUACAUCAGCACGUUGGAGGUUGCACCCAAUGGCAGGAUUCUAGCGAGCGCCGACAUUGGAGGCAACAUUAUCUUCUGGGACAUCUCGAAGGGCAAGCGCAUCAAGCGAUGUCGCGGACAUGGAAAGGGCGGUAUUCCUUCGCUGAGCUUCAGCGUUGAGUCCAAUGUCCUUGUCUCCGGUGGACUCGAUGGCACUGUUCGACUGUGGGACGUGGAGCUCCCGGCCGAUGGCAGCAAGGCGAAUGCUGUCGCUGGGCCAUCUGCAGCUGCCAUAGGUGGACAGCCGGAAGGAUCUGGUGCUGGAGGAGCAGCUGGGGACAACGCUGCUGCCGGAGGCUCUGGUGAGCGGAGCAUUACAGUCGGCGCACAACCGGGUCAAGCCGCCUCCUCGGUUGGCGCUUCAGUCGGGACAACGAGUGGUAGCGGCGGUGGGAGUGGUGGUACUGGAAAAAAGAAGGGCAAAGAGGUGCAGAUAACCCCUGAUCAGAUCAGCGCCUUUCCAACGAAGAAGACGCCUGUUCUGAAGGUGCAUUUCACACGGAUGAAUUUGGUAGUAGCAGGAGGCUGUUAUGAUCCGGAGCGAUAGGGAUACCAGCAGCGACGAUGGCAUAGGCACAGGGUUACGGUCAGGCUAAUGGGCGAUCGCAUAUUCAAUAGCGUUUCUUGCGCCCCUUUUCUUGGAUCUUGGUACUCUGUUUAAGACUAUUGGUCAUUUUAUGAAGAGACACAAUAUGAUAUCUUGGGGGCAUCAGUGUUAAGGAAAGAAUCAUAGCUAGCAAGCAUCCUUGCAGAGCUUGUGAUUCGCUGUUAGGUAGCUCACAAAAUAUAAGACUUCUUGAUUCAGGCCCUGUC